UUAUCUGAUUAUCAGUCCUGUACGAAUUUCCUCAGUGUCGUUGCAACGAUGGUCGACUUUGAAUGUCAUACCUAUUAGUUAACUUAUUUAAACGUUUACAAAAUACAAAAAAAAACUAUACAGGGUCAAAUACUCUAAAUGCGUCGCUUUUUAGUAAACACCAGUCUUGUAACGUUUCUGAUGAAAAUUGAAGUACACCACCGGCCUUACAAUGGUGCACACGCAAGUAGUCACAAUCAAAGAAAAAGCACCGGCUGCUACAAAAGGGUACAAUUAUGCUGAUACUUUUUGGUGUACUUACAUUAUUUCCGUGGUGGCUGCGAGUGUUGCUGAAUUACUUACGUACCCGUUAGAUUUGACCAAAACCCGUCUACAGAUUCAAGGUGAAGCUGUCGCUGCUAGUGGGAAACCUACUCAAUACCGUGGCAUGCUAAAAACUGCUAUUGGAAUUGUAAACGAAGAAGGUGCUUUAAAAUUAUGGCAAGGAAUUCCACCAGCAUUGUACAGACAUGUCGUUUAUUCAGGUAUUAGAAUCGUAUCUUACGAAACAAUGCGUGACCGAGUAUUGAUGAAAAAUCCUGAUGGGUCAUUUCCAAUAUGGAAAUCUGCCAUAAGCGGAGUGGUAUCUGGAGCAAUUGCUCAAUAUAUAGCGAGUCCAGCAGACUUAAUCAAAGUUCAGAUUCAAAUGGAGGGUAAACGGAGACUCUUGGGAGAACCUCCUAGGGUGUUGGGUGCUGCUCACGCAUUUAAAAAGAUUGUAUCUGAAAGUGGCGUACGUGGUCUGUGGAAGGGUUCGAUACCAAACGUACAACGAGCUGCGCUUGUAAAUCUAGGGGAUUUGACUACUUAUGAUACUGCUAAACAAAUAAUUAUGCAAAAAACUGGACUACCUGACUCGCAUCUCUUACACUGUUUAUCUAGUGUUUGUGCCGGUUUGGUUGCUGCAACGAUGGGAACACCGGCGGACGUAGUAAAAACACGUAUUAUGAAUCAACCGACUGAUAAAAAUGGCAUUGGUUUGGUGUAUAAAGGAUCUAUGGACUGUUUGAUUAAGACUGUUGAAAAUGAAGGGCUUUUAGCUCUGUAUAAAGGGUUCCUUCCUGUUUGGAUCCGUAUGGCUCCUUGGUCAUUGACGUUUUGGAUGAGUUUUGAACAAAUACGUCAUAUGCUCGGGGCGACCGGGUUUUAGAAAUGGGAGUGUAUACUGUUAGAUCUCAUUUUUUUUAGCACAUUUCUUUGGUUUUUAGUGUAAUCAUCCAAUUGUGCAAAUCAUAUAUACAUUUAUAUAAUAUGUAUUAGUACAUAUAAGUAUGUAUCAGUAAAAAGUGUGCCAGUCAAAUCAAAACUCACUUUAUGCAAACACCUCAUAGAGGCAUCUUCUAUUUAUAUGAGCACUGUGAUUUUAGUUUCUUUAUAAAGAAAAAAAAGAAUGAAAAAGCUUAACCAAUUUAUAUAUGUAUAUAUAUGAUUUAUAACUUAGUAUUUAGUAUACUUAUUAUUGGUUACCAUUAUGUCUUAACUCCACAACGUCGUUUACUAUGUUUAAAAACCAGUUAUUGUAAAAUUAUUUUGUUUUUUUAUUAACGUUGACUGUGGCCAUAACACUGUAUACUUAAAGGUUCUUCACACCAUACUUGUCUUGGAGAUUUAUAGAGACAAUGUUUCCUAGAAAUGUCUUAUCCCACUAAAGAUAAAAUAUUGUUGUAUUAACAUGACUGGAGAGGUUAAUAAUUACUGAAAAUAGUGUAAA